GGAUUUUCUAGACGUAAAAUUGGAAUCAUAAUAUACAUCAAUAGUGCGAGAGUAUAUUUUUUUCACAUACAGACUCGUGGUUCAACGGCCGAACACAACCUAGUGACCAGCGGUUCCAAGGGACGAGAAGCGUGCUGGUGUGGUGCAAAGGGCUGUGCCAUCAGUGAAAGCCACUCGAUGUCACAUAGGAUUUGCUAUUGAUCAUCAGUGUAGCAGAUCAGCAACAUCUUGCUUGCUAUAUAUUUAGUUGCUUCCAUGAGGCAAUAGGGCACAACAAAUAAACAAAUUUUCAAUCUAGUUAUAUUAAAUCAUGGAAAAUUUCUCAUCCUUACAAACUCUUCUCCUCACUUUGUUGUCAUGCCUCAUCGUAGUGAUUUUUAUUUGUGUCAAAUGGAUUUCAUUUGAUUCCAAGAAUAGGAUAAAAAUACCUCCAUCUCCGCGAAAACUUCCAAUAAUCGGAAACUUCCACCAACUAGGCUCAAGCCCUGAUCUCAACCUCCAACUUUUGUCCCAAAAAUACGGCGCAAUUAUGCUCCUUCAACUUGGCAGCAUCCCAACACUUGUAGCAUCAUCUGCUGCAGCAGCCCAAGAGAUCAUGAAAACACAUGAUCUCUCAUUUUGUAGUCGACCUAGCUUAACUAUGGCCAACAUAUUGCUCUAUGGCUCUAAGGGUAUAUCAUUUUCUCCUUAUGGGGAAUAUUGGAGGCAGUUGAAGAGCAUUAUGGUACUUAAGCUUCUAAGUAAUACACGAGUCAAGUCAUACCAAAAAGUGAGAGAAGAUGAGGUAGGUCACACGAUUCAAUUGCUCGAAGAAAGUUGUGGGACCAUCGUUGAUAUGCGGUCAGUGUUUGGUUCACUAACAAAUGAUAUAAUUUGUAGGGCUUCCGUGGGAAGGAAACUUGAUGGACCAAAGCUCACAAAUUUAUUGAGAAGGUUCGUGGAUAUGUUUACGGUCUUUAGUAUAGGUAGUUAUAUUCCAUGGUUAUCAUGGGUAGAUCAAAUCAUUGGUUCUAUAAGAAAAGCGGAAAAAGUGGCUGAAGAACUUGAUGAGUUUCUUGAAGAAGUUAUUGAAGAACAUGAAAAUAAGAAAAAAGGGGAGGAUACUAAUAGUGAUGAAGCUGGGGAAGACUUUGUUGACAUUUUAAUAGAUCUCCAAAAAGAUAAAACAACUGGCUUUUCCCUUCAAAGAGAUUCCCUUAAAGCUCUCAUCUUGGAGGCGUUUUCAGCUGGAACUGAAACCACUCAAACAAGUCUAGAGUGGGCAUUGAGUGAGCUUAUAAAAAAUCCAAGAGUAAUGAAUAAGCUGCAACAAGAAGUUACAGAAAUAGCACAACGAAGAGCCAUGAUUUCAGAGGAGGAUUUGGAAAAAGUGCCGUAUCUUAAAGCUGUAAUAAAAGAGGCUUUGCGGUUGCAUCCUCCACUCCCACUUCUUCUUCCCAGAAAAUCAAUGCAAGAUGUAAAAGUAAUGGGGUAUGAUAUUAGAGCAGGAACACAAGUGAUUAUCAACGCUUGGGCAAUAGGAAGAGAUCCUGCCUUGUGGGGAGAAUCAAUUGAGUUUAAGCCUGAGAGGUUCUUAAACAAUUCCAUUACUUAUCAAGGGAUGCAGUUUGAUUGGCUUCCAUUUGGUGCUGGCCGAAGAUCAUGUCCGGGCAUUCACUUUAGUUUACCUGUUAUUGAGCUUGCAUUAGCAAACAUCGUUUACAAGUUUGACAUGGUGUUGCCAAAUGGAAUAAGAAAUGAGGAUUUGGACAUGACUGAGGCAUUUGGAAUUACAAUGCAUAAGAAGUCCCCUCUAUUAGUUUUGUUGGGUCCUCGGUUCUAGUUUUUUCUCAUUCUAUAUUGUACGUGAAGUAACAAGCUAAAGUUGUUAUAUAUAUGUGUGCAAUCAACCAAAUAAGUGUUUUUCUGGUCAUGGUUGAUCAAUUGUUUUAUUGGUUUUUUUUUCUUUUUUUUUUUUGUUAUGUUGCUUGUAAAUGUUUAGAAAAGUGUUAUUCUUUUAUAUGUACGUUCGGUUUACAUUGUUGUAAA